GUUACUCAUCGAUCUUUGUUUGGUUCUCGUUCUCGACGAGACAUGCUUAGAACUCACAAUGAGAAGGAUCUCGAAAGCUCAGAAGUGGUAAUCCAAAAGCCCAUCUUUCCUUCCUUUCUCUUCCCUCUAUUCUCUUUCGAUUCCGAACGGCCGGGACGGGACUCUCACUGACCUUGCGGCGGCAUUGCACUGUGACAUAACAUCUCUGUUGACGACUGCAGUUUUGCUAAGUGGACUGAGUCUUGCACAUCACGGCAAAGUGGAUGGGUUGUUAUGGAGUUUUGUUAGAAAGUAAUACUGGUAAAUUGUGAAAGGCGGUAAGAACAUGGCUUCACCUAGUAAGGCUGACAAAAAAGCAGCUGUUGAUGCAGCUGCAUGGAUGUUCAAUGUUGUCACUUCUGUUGGAAUAAUCAUUGUAAACAAAGCUUUGAUGGCAACUUAUGGCUUCAGUUUUGCUACAACGUUAACUGGUCUGCACUUUGUCACAACAACUUUGAUGACAGCUGUACUCAAGUGGCUGGGAUACAUCCAACCCUCUCAUCUACCUCUCUCAGAGCUUCUGAAAUUUGUUCUCUUUGCUAACUUCUCUAUUGUUGGAAUGAACGUUAGCCUAAUGUGGAACUCAGUUGGAUUCUAUCAAAUUGCAAAGUUGAGUAUGAUCCCUGUAUCUUGCCUAUUGGAAGUUGUUUUUGACAAGAUGCGGUACUCAAGAGACACAAAACUGAGCAUAGGUCUUGUGCUAUUGGGUGUUGGCGUAUGCACUGUUACUGAUGUCAGUGUUAAUACAAAAGGAUUCAUUGCUGCCUCAAUAGCAGUAUGGAGCACAUCUCUGCAACAAUAUGUAUGUGCUGCAGUCCUUUGCAUGACAGAUAUUGCAUCUCUUCAAACCUUUGUGGCAGACUUAAGUAGAAAACGGACUCAUUCACACAAACUCUAUCAUGGACAGUAUGUUCAUUUUCUACAACGGAAGUAUUCAUUGAGUUCUUUCAACCUAUUGGGACACACAGCUCCUGCACAGGCUGGAACACUGUUGUUAUUAGGCCCCUUUCUUGAUUAUUGGUUGACAAACGCAAGAGUUGAUAAGUACAACUAUAACAUAGGCUCUUUGCUGUUCAUAUUUCUGUCAUGUAGCAUUGCAGUUGGGACCAACCUUAGUCAAUUUAUCUGCAUAGGCAGAUUUACUGCUGUUUCUUUUCAAGUACUUGGUCACAUGAAGACAAUACUUGUUUUAAUCUUGGGAUUCAUCUUCUUUGGGAAGGAGGGUCUCAAUUUGCAAGUAGUUCUGGGGAUGAUUAUAGCUGUGGCUGGGAUGGUUUGGUAUGGCAACGCCUCAUCGAAACCUGGCGGAAAGGAGCGGCGGAGUCACUCUCUCCCUACAAACAAAACAGGAACAUAGUUGAACAGAAUCCACUGAUUUUGGUGAGUAAUUCAUCAAUUUUCUUUGUUUGUUUGUUUGUUUGUUUUUUUUUUUUUUUAAAGCUGAGAACACACGAAGGUAGGUUUUUGUAGGAGAGUAUUUAAUUGAAUGAAACACUUAUUGUUUAUCAUUAUUUUAGCGUCAUUUUGUCAUUCUUAUAGUUUAAUUUCUCGUUCUAGAUCAAGAGGAGCAAGUGGAUGUAUCUGCUUCAUAAUCAAAAGAAUAUAUUUAUAUUGUGUCUUGACCAAUCCCUGUAAUUCAGUCUGUUCUGUUAGUGUGUCCACUUGAAACUCAUGAAAUGGUUUUGCCGAUUCAUGAAUGAAGCACACGAAUGCAUCAUGCAGGUUCAUAUUGUUA